CGUCAGCAACAGAAGUUAUGAGGUGUUUACCUGAAAAGUAUCAACGAAAGUUUCGCUUUCCUUCGGGUACAAUUUUUUAACCGGAAUUACAAUUAUGUUCAUGUAGAUAUUGUCGGCCAAUUUAAGUGUUUAGGUAACUCGUUGGUAUAAAAUUUCUCGCCAGACACCGCCAGCUUAAAAAUGACGAUCGAAGAUCGAGUGAUUGAACGCCUGAAUAAGGAACUAGGUUCCGAUAUCGGAGCGCUAGCCAAAAGUGGCGACUUGGUACAGAGUUUGCGAACAGAUUUGGAUCGCUUUUCCAGGCGACUAACCCUGACGGAUGAACAGUGUGCUCCGGAGCUGAAAAAUGCACUGCAGUCCUGUUCGCAAAGAUACACGGAACUGGAAGAAGCGGCAGACCAUCUGGAUUCGUUUGAAAAAACAUUAUCAGAAAAAAUUACACGCCAUCAGAAACUACUGGAGCAAAUUGAUGAUAAGUUGGAACGGAUAAACAAAUUGCAAAAUAUGAAAGAGUAUUUUAUGAUUUUGUUAGAUAUUCAAAACAUUAGCCAAGGGUUGACGUCAUCCAUCAACGGAAAGGAUGAAAACAAAAUGAUUAGUUUGUACGUUGCAUUGAGUGGAAAUUUGUCCAACAGCAUACUGGAUCGGUUGAGUGAGGUGGAUGCUCCACAUCUAAAAAUGUUUGCAAGAAAAACUGCAUUUUACUGGCAUGAUAUAUUGAAGGAUAAAUUCUCGAAAGAAUUUGAAGCCGUUCUCAAAACGAUAAAGUGGCCUAAUCUGAAUCAAACACUUGAAUUGUUCAAUCCCUCUAAGGAGAACCUAAACAAACUUGCUGUUCUAGGAGAAUAUUUGUUCGUUGUAAAGAUUCCCGGCGAUCAGAACUUGUUGAGCACAAAAAUAACACCGUCGAUCAUCUGUCCUCCGUUUACUUCCCCGGUAGAACUUUUGGUGAAACCGUUUCGAUUGCGUUUCAUAUUUCAUUUCACCGGAAACAAGCAAACCAAUCGUCUGGAUAAACCGGAAUGGUACCUGACGCAGAUUCUAUCCUGGGCCAAAGAGAAUCAUGUUUUUGUCGGUCAAAAUUUUCAAACAGCAGCCCUCAAAGCCGGUGUUACAAAUCACAACGUUCGGUUGGAAUUCGUUCGAGGGUUGGUACAGCUGGCUAUCGAAAAGUUGGUGGAUGACAUCGAUAGUAUUUGUCAGGAGGAAGCUUUGUUCGCACAUUUGAUCGACGAAGUGCUCUCGUUCGAGCAGGAAUUGAAAACCACCUUAGGCUAUCCGGGUAGUUUUCCGAAUGUCGUAGCAGUUUUGAUUCAACCUAAAUACCUAGUCAAGUGGAUGGCCAUCGAGAAGAAAUUUACCACGGACAAGAUGGACACAAUGUUGAAAAGUGAGGACUCUUGGCAGUUUCUGGAUCCGGCAAAUUUGGACGAUAUGAAAAUUCCCAGAUGUGCAGAUCAAUUCAUUCGGCUUCUGGAUGCCAUCAAAGAACGAUACUGUGCCCUACCUCAACCUGGUCAGCAGUUGCAAUUUUUGGACCUUCAGCUGGAGCUGAUCGAUAACUUUCGUCGUCGAUUGGUUCAACUGCACAACAGUCCCGGUGCGGACAAUGUGAGCUCCACCAAGAUCCUAAACGCAAUCAAUUAUAUCACAUCGGUUCUUCGAGAAUGGGGUGAAAAUGUACACUACCUUCAUUUGCAUGCCGCCUUGUACGGUCCCAAUGCGGACGAGAUUAGCUCUGUGUUCGAUAAAAUCAUUGAAGAACUCGAGCAUUGGCAGCGAUCGUUGGUGAAGGAUCUAUCGGGGAGGGUAGUUGACGAUGUAAAGUCGAAAUCUCGCCCGUAUCGGCAUGACCAGUGGCCAACGAUGAACCAGUUGGACACAAAGGAAACAUUUAUGCUUUCCGCAACGGCCAGCGGAAUGUUCCAACAGUUGGUGAAUAAUUUGCACCAACUCGAGAGUCAACUGUCGGCGAAUGUGUUCUCGAUUGUGGUCCGAUUGAUUGCGUUGCAGUUGGAUGAGUGGAUGAUUGACAAUAUGGUUAUGAAUACGAAGUUUUCCACCGGUGGCGCCUUGCAGUUUCAGUUCGACAUGACGCGAAACAUGUUUGCACUGUUCGGUCAGUAUGCGCGGAAGCCCAGCUUGUUAUUCAAAAGAAUAAAUGAUGCUUGCUCGCUGUUGACGCUACCUCUUGGUUCGGCUAUGCUUCUCCACGAGACACUGACGAAGGAGCAGUCCGACGAAGUGAUUGCCAACAUCACGAAGGAGUUGGGUCUGAUGAUACUGGGAAAAUCUUCAACAAUUUCGAUACUGGAACGACGAAACGAUAUAGUUAAUGUUUAGGUGUGUGUUCUUUGGGGGAAUGUGCGGGAUGUGAUGCUUUAAGAUUAAGGUCUAUGUUAAAGAUCGCAGUUUUUAUUAACCGA